GCCUUCACGAGCACGAGGACGCCAUCAAGGCCAGGGCGACUUCAGUCACUCGUAAAGGGAGGGAAAAGGAAACGAAGUUUGAAAAUUUAGGAGACACGUCUCAAGUCGUUGACACCAUUCGACGGAAGCCGCACCACAUAGGAGACUUGAGAAGCAAACUUCCUGUCUCCGAGUUGGCUUCCUCUGGAAGCACUGCCCAGGGCAUCAACUCUGACCUCCCAGCCGACGAGUUGCCUUUUUUAGGGACAGGGACCGCGUCGGCCACAUCAACCGUCGCGGCCAGAAGCAAAAUAGCCAGACCGACCCCAUCGUCGACGAUCGAAAUAGAUAUUCCCAGUCGUCUUUAUCCCACCAUCAACCCAGAGACGGAAAUCACAGCUCACGGCAGCCAAGGGACCUUAACAAGGGAGGUCCCACCCGACAAACCCAAAAACAUGUCACUCCCAGAGAGCUUCAUCGGCGCGACUCCGCCAGGCAUGGAACCCAGCUCCCUCAUCCACGAGACCGAAAACGUAGCUACAACGAGCCCAUCCCAGCCGAAGACAAAGACGACAGCCUCGCCAGCCACACCCUUGAUACCCGGCCGGUUGCGGUCCAACAGCGAGAAUUCCAGCCAGAACAAAGACAAGCGCGUGGAAAAUCACUCCCGCGAGCUCAUAAACGAGGAGACCCAGCCGUCAGCCGUCCUCCGAACCUGGUCAGUCAACAAUCAAAUCGAGUCCUUGAAUUUCGACGUGGAGGUCAAUUCCGCGGACGACGAGUGGGUGGAUACCCUGAUCGAGGGUUUGGAGACCAUCAGUCAGGAUCUGGGGGGCAGGGCCAGGGCUGUAGCAGUACGCAAGGAAACCGAGGCAGCAGAGUCUGUGUGCAUACGCACCACCACCACUACUGGCUCCGUUCACAAUCUGCCGAACCGCGCCCAGCCUCUAAGCACACCUCAUUCCGAUGGAAUGGUCGCCGUCGUCGGAGAUCGUCCAGUGACUCGAACUUCGACGCCACCCAUCCCGGGAAGCGCGAACUGGACAAGCUCGGGAUCCGACCGGCCACCAGCGAGGAUGACCGGGGACGAUUUCGAUCUGCUGGCUUCCCCUCCCCGGCUACCGCAGAACUUUUGGCCGAGUAUCAUGAGCCCCACUCAGCAGCCAACGGGCAGACCAACACGGCCACUAGGCAGCGCUACUACAUCCGCGCGCCAGCUGACACCCACGAAGGACCGCAGCGGGAGGCUAUGUCAGCGAGCAUCGGGAGUUUCGAGGGCGGCCGUAGCGCCAGCCCAGAUAGACGCAUUUCGCACGGAAACAGAGAUCAUUCCUCUGAGGAGGAGAGAAGGCGCGCCGCCGGCCACUGUAUCACCGUUGUACAUGUCCACGGGCCGUCGAAACCGUUCGUGCUCGCUCCCGGCGGCUGGAUCACCGACCAACCAGCCGAGGCUGGAGAAGAGCCGGAUAAACGAGGUCAUUGCACGGGGGGCGGCCAAACAAGCCAUUGUGAAGUACGAUGCCGCUGCGGCGAAGAGAGCGCCGGUGCAGAGGGGCGGCGGGACCAGGGCGUCGUCGGUCCAACCCCAAGGCAACAAGGACUGGUCAACGAAGAGCUACGCUCAAGACGGAGAAGGAGGCAUCGACGAUCGUUCCAGAAAUAGGGCCAGAAUGAGCGGGACCGUGCGGUUUGAGCGGGCACGGAGGUCAUUGGUGGCCGCCCGGAGGGCUUUGGAUGUGGUGGGGAGGUUUGUCCGGGCAUAUUGGGUCAUCGUCAGCCCCGUUUUCGACCCGGCUUCACCCAUCAGCCUGAGGUUUUCUAGGAGUCAGUCGACGUGGAUGGACUGUGUCGUUUAUCUGCUGGCCUUAGUCUUCAUACUGUCGGCUGUCUUGGUUGGAGCCUGGGCGGUCAAGGGGUUUUUGGUUGUUUCGAGCAUCCUCAAGGCGCUGGUCAGGGGAUUCAUGCUGCUGCUUGAUCUCUGAGUUUGGAGCAUCCUACCCUUAACCCCUUAAACGAGUAUGAUCAGCUCAAGAAUUAGACCCCUAAGCUCUAGCG